CACUGCGCUAAGUUAAGAACACUAGUAUCGAAAUAGUCUGUGAUUGUAUUAUCAUUCCGAUUGCCAGUGUCGCGUACCGCGCGUGCCGAGAAGCGUUUAUUUAAAAAAAAAUGUGCACACGAAUAACAUGGACGCUCUUGUUUCUUGUCGGACUUCUCGAUAUUAACCAAUCGGCGUCCAUAAGAUGCUAUCAAGGAUCCAUGAGCAGUUAUACGUCAUUCCCUUUGGAUGAUCCCACACCACUACUGAACUCCUCGUGUUUGGAUCCUAGUCUACCAACAGUCCUCUAUACAUUCGGUUAUAGAGGGAAAAGCAAUGGUCCUGCGACCACUGCAAUGCUCAAUGGUUAUAUUGCAACUAAGAAAAGGAAUGUGCUAUUGCUUGAUUGGGAAGAAGAAGCGAAAAGCGGGAUUCUGGGAAUAGCUUUGAGCUAUGCAAUGUUUGCUUUGCCUAAUUGUAAGCGGAUUGGUCAAGAGUUAGGAGGCGCGAUACAGAAACUCGACCAAGCAGGUUUUCAGACGGAUAAGCUGCAUCUAAUAGGUCACUCUUUAGGAGCACAUCUUAUGGGCUACACGGGCAGGUGGAGCCGAGAACAGGGCAUUACGAUACCCAGAAUUACAGGAUUGGAUCCAGCGAGGGCGCUGUUUGAAGGCUUGUUUUCGAUACAGAGCGGAUUGGAUCGUACUUGCGCCAAAUUCGUCGACAUUGUCCACACGAACCCCGGUAACUACGGCAGCACCAAGUCAACAGGAAGUGUUGAUAUAUGGCCGAACUACUCAUCGGAUGGAAUGCAACCUGGGUGCCCGGUUGGGAAAUACGAAAUGUUUAGUAUGGACGAUCUUUGCAGUCACAACCGCGCUGUAAUGUACGUAGUGGAGUCUCUAUCAGACGGUACAUCCUUCCCGGCAGCCGCUGCAGAGUCUUAUAGCGAAUGGAUCGCUUUAGAAGAUCCAACUAACGACACCAUUUAUUUGGGAGACCUAGUUAAUAUACGAGCUCGAGGUAAUUACUACUUAUCAACGAAGGCCCAAUCCCCUUUCGGUAUGGGCAUGGAAGGAUUAGAGCCAAAUAACCAAACUAGGACACGAAGACAAUCAGUAUUUCAAUUGAACAACCUUUUGAACAUUAUCAGAAAACCCUUUUCAGGAGGCUCGUGAUGAUUUAAAAAUAUUUUUAAUAAUAGAAUAUAAUUAAUUAAGAAUCUUCUAUCAUAUGUAGAUAUGAUAAAAUAACCUUAUCUAAAUUUAGAACAAAUCACAAGGAGAUCAUAAAUUAUUUAGUUAAUUUAAAUUAAUCCAAAAUUUUGUAACAUACAAAUACAAAUACACAUAAGAUAUGGGAAUAGUUAAUAAAAACGUGUUAAGUGUGAAAGUUAAAACUUCACAUUUAAGUUAAAUCUUCAGGUUUAUAAAAUUAGGCCGAGGUAUAUUUAUAUACUUAAAAUUUACUGAAAGGAAAACAUAACAGACCAUAUCAAAUGUAUUGUAUUAAAUUUCGAUAUAAAAAUCCUUUAUGAAAUGAAAAUGAGAAAUAAUAAUAAAAAUGAGAAACGAUACAC